GCAUAACAGCUGGAAAGCUGAAGACGACAGCUAACCAGAAACGGGAGAAACCGAAAGAAAACGGAUGGAGCGAUAGCUAUCGCAGUGAAUUUCAUAGAUAAUUAGAUAAUAAACAGUUGUCGCUGUCGAGUAAGUAAGAGAAAACAACAACAAACCUAAAAAAAUGCACAGGCGUUUGGUGCAUACAACAAUGUGGAGAAGUAUCGAAGCGUAAAAAUCAAAGGCGGCGCCAGCCACACGAACAACACAACAACAAUAAGGCGGAGAAAUCAUAAUAAAAGGCAGACAGCAGCAGCUGCAGCUCCUGGAUUGCAACUCCGAUUAUUGUUUUGAUGUGUGCCUUGGCCAGGGGAGCAGCAAUACAGUCAAAUAGCAAUAAUAAUAACAAAAAACAUUAGCAAUAAUAUCAACGCAAACACCUAGAACAACAACAACAGCAGCAGCAGCAACAAAAAUAGCAACUACAAUCACCGCUUCAGCCUUAGCGUAUACAACGAGCGCACCGUGUCCUCAGUGUUAUAGAACCCAAAUCCAAAACAAAAACAAAGAAACAAAAAUGUCAUCUCCCAGCGCUGGUAAACGACGCAUGGAUAAUGACGUCAUCAAGCUAAUCGAAUCAAAACACGAGGUAACGAUCCUCGGUGGCCUUAACGAAUUCCAUGUUAAGUUCUUCGGGCCAACAGGCACGCCCUACGAGGGCGGCGUUUGGAAGGUGCGCGUCUAUCUGCCUGACAAUUACCCAUUCAAAUCCCCAAGUAUUGGAUUUGUCAAUAAGAUCUAUCAUCCCAAUAUUGACGAAUCAUCAGGCACCGUUUGCCUGGAUGUGAUCAAUCAAGCGUGGACUGCAUUAUACGAUCUAUCGAAUAUAUUUGAAUCGUUCUUACCACAACUGCUCACAUAUCCAAAUCCUGUAGAUCCAUUGAAUCGAGAUGCAGCUGCCCUCUAUCUGCACGAACCGGAGGAAUAUCAUCGCAAGGUCGCCGACUACGUGCAGAGGUAUGCGACCGAAGAUGCGCUGCGAGCGGCGCAACAGGAGCGAGAGAGCAGCGACAGCGAGUCCAGCAUGUCCGACUACAGCGAGGACGAGGCACGAGAUAUGGAAUUAUAAUAUCGGUUUAAAUAUAUUAUCGAAACAACUAAAACAAUAGCAGCAGCAGCAUUACUAGCUGCUGUUUAAAAUGCCUCGAUUUGAGUUGGAUCAGAUCGCCACGAUAUAUAAAAUACAAUUGAACAACAUAUAUA